AUGGUGAAGAUGAGCAAAGCAGCCACACAGAGGCCGCUGCAGCUCUUCAAGGGCGGCCAAUUUGCCAUCCGCUGGGGCUUUAUCUCUCUCGUGAUUUACCUGGGAUUUACGAGGGGUGAAGAUCCUGGAUUGCCUGAAUCAUCAGUUUUAAGCCUACUCUGGGGAAUAAAGGACCGUUUGGUCAUCUGGCAAUCCAAUAUGGAAGUGACAUUGAAUCAAGCUAUUCAGCCUGGUCGGCGGCAGGGGGAAGCAGGUCACAUUCCUGGCCCGUUGCACCAAUUGCUCCUGCUGGCUCUGGAUGACCUGUAG